AUGCUCGCCUGGAAGACAUCCCAAACCAUUGCACCAGACCAGCCAUGGAAUCAAGAGACAAAGCCUCACUUGCAUCGUAGCCCUCCAAGUUCUCACUAUAACAGAACCCAUCCUUAUUCGUUGUCCUCACCACCAAUAGCCUCUGGCCUUAGAAGCAUCUACUCCUCUGCAUCUUCUUUCUCUCAUUCGCCUCCAUCAUCACCUUCAUUGCCAUGUUCUCCAGGUACCCCAAUUGCUCGCAAGGGUGUUGGAAGGAAGAAAGAUUGGGGGGGUAGGGUGGGUUGCAGGGAUGGAGGUGGGGGUAGGGUCAUGGGUGAGCACUACAGAAAGAAAGAUUUGGAUGUCACUGAGUUGACAGUUGAAGACGAAGUGAUGAUGGACGGCUGUGAUGAUUUGGACUGA